UCCCAAAAUUUGUAAUUCCAACUCUCUUCAUCCUCAAAAAAGUCCUCUUUUAAUUCCAAUGGGUGAGAAAGAUAGCAUGAAGAAAGAAGAUAAUGAAAAGAAGGUGGUUGAUGCCGGUGGCACGCCAAAGGUCGAGGACAGUCGGAUCACCGUUGUCUUAAAACUCCACUUGCAUUGUGACGGUUGCGCCAAAAAGAUCAAAAGAUCUCUACGUUAUAUCGAAGGUGUGGAAACCGUAAAUAUCGAUUCUGCCAACAAUAAGUUGACGAUAAUUGGGAUAGUGGAUCCGGUGCAUAUUAAAGAGCGAGUCGAGUUCAAAACCAAGAAGAAGGUGGAAAUUAUCUCUCCCAAACCCAAAAAAGAUGACGGAGGUGAAAAGAAAGUCGAUGAUAAACCAACGGAGGCAAAAUCCAACGACCAAAAACCGAAAGAGCCUCAAGUGAUUACAAUGGUGUUGAAGAUUUCGUUACACUGCGAUGGAUGCAUACAAAAAAUUAAACGAAUCAUUUUAAAGAUUGAUGGGGUAGAAUCGGUAAUAGCGGAUAGCAGCAAGAAUUUGGUGACGGUCAAAGGAACAAUGAAUAUGAACGAACUUGUACCGUACUUGAAAGAAAAAUUGAGAAGAAAUGUCGAUAUUGUCCCUCCUAAAAAGGAAGACAACAAGGUGGAAGAGAAAAAAGAUGAAAAGAAGGUUGAAGGAGGAGGGGAUAAAAAAGAGAAAGAAGGCGGUAACGAUGGUGACGAUAAAAAGAAAACUGACGUCGAAAAAGCGCCUGAAAGUAACGAAGGUGGUGAAAAGAAGAAGAAUGAUGUCGGAAAAGUGACGGAUGGUAGUGAAGGUGGUGGAGAGAAGAAAAACGAUAAGGUAGAAGCAACAAGUGGUGGUGACGAGAAGAAUAAGUCGGAUGGUGAGGUAAAACCGCCAACUGGCGACGGUGGCAGCGAUGGCGGCAAUGGUGGAGGUGGGAGCAAAAGUGUUGAUUUGGUAAACAAAUCGGAGUAUUAUAGAUAUAAUCCUUAUAUAUACACAAUGCCUGUGUAUAAUCAGAAUUAUCAUAACCAAGAUUACGGUCUUUCGGUUUAUCCUGGUCGUGGCUACGCAAAUGAAGGUUACGUGAAUCACGGGUAUGUCGUGGAAUAUCCGCAUGGACCUCCGGCUCCUCCUCCACCCAUGUAUCUUCAUGAUUCUCGGGCUUCAGGAAUGGACAUGUUAAAUGCGGAGAAUCCUAAUGCUUGUUCAAUCAUGUGAUCAACGAUUUGUACCAUUAUAUUAAGUGAAAAUAAUAAGCAUGUUAUCCAGAAAAGCAUGCAUACGAGUCUGAUAUUAAAAUGUAAAUUAUUUGUAUAAAUUAGAGAUUUUUGAAGUUAUAAAUGGUACCGGCUAAUAUGCUAGUUGAUAAUAAG